CGUUCGCCACUUUUGACUCAGACUCAUCAGACGUUGCUGACAUCCGCAUCGAUCACGCCGUCAUCGAAACAUUUUGAGCGCAGCUUGUGUCUGGGACGAUCAAUCAACCUGCACCCGCGCGCGCCAGCAGUAGCCACUCGAUCAGCAUCAUGGUCGCUGAUGCAAACGCCAGCAGCAAGGCUUCUUCUGGCGCCAAUGUGGCGCCGCCGCCGCCGCCGCCGCCUGCUCUCGCUCUCGUCGACUACGCGCGAGAUUUGCCCUUCUUGCCUCAAUUAGCACCCAUCAGUCGCCAUCUGCUCUCGCAGCAGAUCGAUCUGCUGGCAACUCAAUCCGCACCGUUUGCGGGUGCGCAGAUGGAGAAGGUAGCGACGAUUCGAGGAUUUGCGAGUAAAGGCGAGGGGGAGGGUGCUGGUGGUGGAGGUGGAGGAGCGCAUCGGUACGAAGUGCCAUUGGCUCUGCCCAGAGCGAGCUUGGGUCGCAUGCCUUUCGACUUUGGUGGGGACUUGAUGGAGCAGGCAGAAGGAGCGAUGGAUGAUGCGGCCUAUGCGCAGCUGGUGGAGGAUGUGCGCAAUGGCGAUGCGAAGAGCGCGGCGUUGAACAGGGUGCCUUGGUGGGUGCCGCGCGAAGGCUUGGAAGAGGCGCUGGAGAAGCCGGGCAGGUGGAGCUUGUGGGCGGCUGAGCAGCAGCAGCAAGAGCAGCAGCAAGAGCAGCAGCAGCAGCAAGAGCAAGAACAUGGCCAAUCAGACUCGCGCUGCACGCUCAGCCCACGCAGCAGCAGCAGAAGCAGAAGCAUCGUGGUGACGCAUCACAUCAGCGAGGAUCACGUGCACAGGCAACAAGGAAGCUCCCUGCUGGCCAUUCAUGCCACCGGCGCAUGCAAAGAGCUGCUCAUACCGAUGAUCGAAGCCUUCUUGGCAUCCACAACAACCAAGAUCAGCGACAUUUGGCUCGUCGAUUUCUUGUCCCACGGCGAGACGGAGAGGGCAAAUGCGAGCAGAAGAGAUGCUGGCGAUAUGGGCACGCACAGUCACGACCGGAUCAUCGACCACAACGACUUGGCGAGGGAUGUGUUGCAAUUCCUGCACGCUUUUCGGCCCUCUUCGCUCCACGACUUGGCAGCAACGCGGGAGAAGCGCAGCAGCAGCAGCAGCAGCAGCCAGCACUCGCACUCGCACUCGCACUCGCACUUGCUGCCCGUGCGGCCCAGCGCAGCUGCCAAGCCCUCACCCAUCAUCGCCCUCGGUCACAGCGUCGCUUCCACUGCGCUGAUCCAAGCAGCUCUGCACGAUCCAGACACGUUUCGAGCAGUGAUAGCCAUCGAGCCCAUCAUCGCUCCUUUUGCUGGCAUACAGAUGGCAAAGAGGAUACCCGUCGCAGGAUUCGCUCUCAGGCGCACCGACACGUGGCAGAGCGCAAGGGAUGCGAGGGAAAAGUGGGAGCGGAAUGAGCAGGGAAAAGGCGGCGAUGCGAUGAUCAGGGAUUGGCAUCCCCGCUGCAAGCAAAUCUUUUCCGUCUAUGGUCUGCGAUCCGAUGACGCUAGCGGUGGCGUCCGUCUAGUGUGCGACAAGUAUCUCGAGGCAUGCUCCUUGCGAUUCUCGAUUCCAGCGCUCCAGCUACCUUGCACGCUGCCUCAUCUCUCCGUGCCGCUCCUCUACCUCUCCGCCUCGCGGCCGCUCAUGUUGCCGCCGGAUAUGGUGCAAGGUAUAGCCGAGCUGGGAGGUUCUCUGGUCGACUACGAGGUGGUGCAGGGUGGACACUUUGUGCCGAUCGAGCGUCCAGAGGAAGUUGGAAAGGUCAUUGGUCGAUGGACUCGGCUGAAGGGUAGUAGGGAGAAACUGUGAAAAGGUGACGGCAUCGGCAUCCUCUGGCGACGUGUGCACGCCGUGUGGACUACAGCGCGUCGAGCCACUCCUUGAAUUUGAGCCUCAUUGUACCUUCUUCGCACCGUUCCCUUGUGCGUCAGACCCAAACCUUCUCGCAUCACGUUGACUCUUUCCAUCUCUAUUUUUGCCAUUGGCGUAAUUAACUGCGCAUUGUACUCUUGCA